CGUUUCGUUAACGAUUUAUUGAACCGGGAAGUCCGAAUCUGUCAAUAUCUUUCUAACUUUACCUAAGUCGUUAUUUCAUCCGGAAGGCUCCGAGCUGCGGUUAAAUCAAUGUACCGUGCGCAUUGUUAGUGCGGAUUGUUAGUGCGCAUUGUUAGCGCCGUUAUCUUGAACGGCUUUCCUGAGACUCCACAGAGCGGGGCGGUCGCGAGGGCUCCACUUGUGUAUCUACAAAAAUGUUAAACUUUGGUUCCAAAAAACAUUCCGUACGAGCAACUAAUAUCUCCCAACAACGUGUAACAAGUUAACGAUAUCUACGUUUCAAUGUUGGAGAGACGGUUGCCUUUGGAGCAACGUUAAUUUGCCGUGAAUUUGUCGUUCUUGUUAUUGUCGUCAGUGAAAGUUGUCUCAUUAACUGGUAGAUAUACUUAACGUUAGCUACAUUUUUCGCGUACGCGGACGUCAUCUCUACUCUAUACUUUUAGGUUACAUUUUAGAGAGAAACUUUCUCCACACCUGAGGGACGACGUCACUAACGCUAGUAACGGUUUUAGAGAAAUAAAAUGUAUGUUAUAACAUAUGAACCGUUUAUGAGUUAUGACUUUAACACUAUAGAGUAGACUAUAACCAUUACACAUGCACACAUGUAGCGUUAAAGGAGUUAAAUGUGCUCCACCAGUAAUGUGUAAUGAUACAGUAAUAGAACAAUAACAUAGUGUUCACAAUAUUAAAGUUCAGCACAAUGAGUGUAUUUUUUAACCUGCACAUUGUCACAUAAGUACAAGUUUAAAUAUGGGACCUUUACUUAGUAUCUUAAUGUAAGUAAUUUGAUAUUUAUUUCAGAGAUGGAUUCAAAUACUUUUUUCAUAGUUGUGCAUUAAAAUGUUGUGCUGCCAGCUUGAGUGUCCCACACUGCAAAUAUGUCCUCAGACAGCUGUUGCAUGCCAUCACUGUGCUUGGAUCUAAAAAGUAACUUCUUCAUUAAUGAGACCAGAUCCCUGAGAGCGCCCCGCCCUCCUCACAGACACCAGAGGCCUUCUCAGAUUCUACUGUGGAGGAGACCAGCAUGAGGCUUCCUAAAUGCUGGGCAGCGCCCAGGUGUGUGGUGGUAGUGGUUGUGGCUUUAGGUUUGCUGUGGAUGGUCUCUCUGCCACGGACGGAGACGGGGACGAGCAAACCUCUGGACUGGCACGUGGACCAUGCACAUAGAAAGCAGGUGCACGAGCACGUGCGCAGCGUUCUGGAGAGUCCGUGUCGUCCCGGCAGCACCCGGCUGAGCUUGUCGGCCCGACUCCCGGCUUCCAGUCACGUGACCCGGCCCUUUCUGUGGAAGGACGUGACGCUCUCCGAGGACCUCUUCCUGUACCCGCCACCAUUCGGCUUCAGAGGUCUUCGGGGCAAAGUGGAGGACUUGCUGAAGCAGCUGCCAGACUCUGACUCCGAGCCCCAGACAGAGAAGACAUCAGAUGAAUGUCGGCGCUGUGUGGUCUUGGGAAAUGGAGGCAUUCUCCGAGGCCUGGAGCUGGGUCAACUCAUCGACCGGUUUGACACCAUUAUCAGGUUGAAUAGUGGUCCUCUGGGAGAGUUCAGCGUUGACGUCGGGAAUCGAACCAGCAUCCGGAUGAGUUACCCAGAGGGCACACCUCCGCACUGGAUCGACACAGACCCACACGCUCUGUUUGUUGCUGUCGUGUAUAAAGGUGUGGACAUCAGCUGGAUCUCUGCCAUGAUCAACAAGUUCUCUGUGCCGCUCUGGGACUGGCUCUUCUUCUGGCAGAAGGUUCCAGAUCGAAUGGCUCUAGAACCCCACAGGUUCAGACUUCUAAACCCUCAUGUCAUCAGAGAGACCGCAUUGGACCUACUGCAAUACCCUCCACCCAGAACACGCCUGUGGGGAAGCGACCAGAAUGUGCCCACCAUUGGGGUCUCCGCACUGAACUUAGCCAGCCGGCUGUGUGACGAGGUCAGCCUGGCAGGCUUCGGCUACCAGCUGUCCCAGCAGAGGGCGCCGCUGCACUACUACGACCGGCUGCCCAUGGCCACCAUGCUGAAGCAGACAUCCCACAACGUGAACAGAGAGACUGAGCUCCUGCAGAGCCUAGUCAGAGAGGGAGCCAUCACUGACCUGACGGGGGGCAUUCACUGCCCCUUCUGUCCCCGCUGACCACUGCACUUCUAUCAGUCUAAAGCACUUCCCUUCUCCGUCGUAAAGGGCUUGUUAAGCACACAGUACACACUGGACAUAAACACGGAAAAGCAACGGCAAGGCCAACGGACUCACAAACGUGUGAGGAGCAAAGAAUGAAAGAAAAACAAAACUCUAUUCUCAUAUGUGUAAUAUUUGUCACAAAGUGCUUCUUGAAGAACAAGGGACAUAAAAACAAAAUGAAAGUUAUCCGGCCUACAUGGCUUUACAUGUCUGUCAGUAUUUCAGUUUGAAAGUGACCAAAGAAAUGGCCUCGCAGCAGCAAUAUCUUUCUUCUGUCCCAUCGACUUUCAAACCAACCACUGGAAGAAUUUCCUCAGCUGACCAUAAGGAAACUGGGGCACAUGCCGAAUUAUAAUUUUUAAUGACUUUAAUCUGCAUCAGCAUUUCUGACAUGUAUUUCCCUAGAUAUUCAAUGUAUUACAGCUAUUUUAAACAUCAGUAACUAUGAUGGUAUUACUGCACAGAAAGCUCAACCGCCUCUGAAUUUAGGACUGCUUCAUUGGUGAUACGAUGAUCUUCUUCGUAUCGUGAUAGUUCUCCGAGCACUGUGAUGUAAGACGGUUCUCUCAGAACCUCCCUGUCAGCAGACUUAUCUGAGCCAGAACUAUUCUUCCUCUGGUUCAAGAGACGUUUUGUCCACUUUCAACUAUUGAACGAGUUAAAUAUGUUAAAAAUGCAUUUUGAAGAAGUAAAGCAUGUUUAUUUUUAGUAACACUGGAACAAAACAGAUCUUUAUUUCAAGCUACAGAGGAAUGUGAACAUCCCUACAAAGUGGAUCGAUCUGCAUCAGUCGAGACCUUUUCUCCAAGCAGGCUUCAAACAGUUGAAGUAUAUGAAAUGUAUUUGUUCACAGUUUCAUUUUUAUGUUUUUAAUGUGUUGGGGAAAAAAAAAGAUGGAGGUUGUGUGUUGCCUACAGAAUGCUGUGACAUAAUAUAAUAUUUGUUAUUCCACUGUAAAUUAGCAGCUAAACAACUGAACAAUGACUUCUGUUCAUUUUCUCUGUGCUGCAACUUCUGAUGAUGAUUCACAAGAAGUCUCAUUUUUAUACUUCGCAGCUGCACCUUGUUUAUUCUGCAGUCUGUAAAAACAAACGUAGUGUACACAUGAAAUGUGUUAUUUAUGAAUUGUGUUUUUUUUAAUUACUGUAUCAUUUUCAUUGUUUGUAUUGCAGUUGAUAACAUUUACACAACACUUCCAGUGACUCAUCUCCAGAGAGAUUGUCAAUACUUUUGUUCAUUCAAAUAUUUUAUCAGGACGAGUUAGUUGAAAAACAAAGCAGACGUAAUGAUUAAAAAAAACAAUCCUUUUAAAUGUGAAUUUUACAGUGUUCCAAGGAAUUUAAAAACAAGUCUUGUUUAAAACAACCAGCUGACCAACAGAAGGAGAUGAAUACCUGCACGACUUUAAUGUGACUAGAAAGAUGGAUGAUGCCGCUUUCUUUUCCACUAGGGUUUUAGAUUUGUAUCAGUCUUAAUUUAUUGUACUGUUGUUGAACCUUUCUUAUUAUUAAAAGGUACAAAACAAA